AGAUAAUAUAUGGUGCAAGCGUCCAUUCAUUGUGGAGCAAUAUGACUCAGACACACGCACGACCAGGCUAAGAUGUCCGUUGUUGAAAUCCCCGACGAAGGCGGAGAUGUUGUUACGGCUGUAGACUACAACGGCGUCAUAUUCCCCAACUUCGACCCCGACAUCAUCCGCAACAUCAGUUCCAUCGACAUCCGCGACGGCGAUAUCAUCCUUUGUGCCUACCCCAAGUCAGGUAGUCAUUGGAUGUGGGAGGUCACUCGGCUGGUACUGGCCGGAAGACUGGACGCUGAUGACAGAGACAAGAUGCUCACAAUGUUGGAGAGGUCGCCGGAGUCUGGAUACAUCGACCUCCCAUCUCCUCGACUCCUCAACACCCACGUGGGAGUCCAACACUUACCCCCAAGUGUCUUUAACAAGAAGGUCAAGGUCGUCUAUAUAUUGAGGAACCCGAAGGACGUCGCAGUUUCGUAUUAUAAUUUUAAUAGGUCAGCGCGAGUGCCUUACAAAGGAGAAUGGGCGAAUUACCUCCGGCCCUUCGCUCAGGGAAAAUUCCAGUACGGGUCGUGGUUCGAUUCUGUUCGGGAGUGGGAGGAGGUUAAAAGGACGCACCCGGCCCUUCAGAUACACACCCUGUUUUAUGAAGAUGUCAAAGAGAAUCCAGUGCGGGAGGCGAAGAGACUGUCUGUAUUCCUUGGCGUGGAGAGGAGCGAGGAAUACCUGGAGCACGUGUGUCGCACGUGCAGCUUUGACAACAUGAAGGCAAAUGCUGCAUCCGCACGUGCUGCCAAAGCAUACAGAAAAGGUGAAGUGGGCGACUGGAAGAACUGGUUCACUGUGGCCCAGAACGAGUGGUUCGACCAGCUGUACCAGGAGAAGAUGGCGGACUGCAAGCUACAGUUCCGCUAUUCGUUGGACGCGUCUGAAUAAUGAGUUGGAUUUAACGCCGUUUUUAACAGAAUUCCAGUUUUAUCGCGGCGUGUCAGCUUAAUGUGGGAGGAAGGCCAGAAAUGAUGCAGGUCUCGGACAUUUACUACUUUGGUGAAACUCAC